ACUACACCGGCAUAUAUAUAUAUAUAUAUAUUUAUAUAUAUAUUUAUAUAUAUAGAAAGCGGUAGAAGUUUGAAGAUGCCAAAGAUGAUUAAUGCAUUCAAAACAUUCAGAACCCAAUCAGCAGCUUUGACAUUCUCGACGCCUCUGCCGCCGCCGCCAGGCUUGGGACGGAAAGCUUCCGGGGUCCGAUUCAAACAGACCACAACCCUGCGCUCCAGCGAGUCCGAUAGUGAGCACAACAUGGACAAGCCAGAGCCUAACCCUACUGAGAAAACUAGGGAUAGGGACAGUUUGUCACAUUCAUUUGGGGAGGGGUAUGCGACGAGGUGCGAUGACGAUGGGUUCGGAGUGGUAUAUGGGGGAAUCCGGUCAGUUCCAAAGACGGAGCAGGAUGACAACCACCCUGCUGUGGACAAGUCACAGGGAAGUGAGGUGCAGGAGAAGGAGAAACCGCGACACCAGACAAAUGCUUCAUCCUAACUAAACUAAUAUAUACGAGAGUCGACUACAUAUAUAUAUAUAUAUAAAUAUAUUUGCAGUGCUUUUAUAUAGUGUUUUCUUAAUUUCUGCUAAUCCGUUUUAUGAAGCGAGGAGGACGACCCAUGUUACUAUUUGUAUUGACUGGCUCUAUAUCUAGCUAUGUAAUGUAAAUGUGAAAAUCUAGAAACGCUUUCAAGUUGGGUAAUAAUUAAUCGAAACAUUUUGAGCAUGUAUAUUGGCGAAUAUUUCUACAUGGUGGUGUAAUCUGAACUUACAAAAAUUGCUCGAAACAUCGGAACAUACAAAAGUUAAUCGAAAUAUUUUGAGCAUGUGUAUUGACGAAUAUUUUUACAUGUUGGGGUAAUCUAAACAUACAAAAAUUACUUGAAACAUUUUGGGCUUCUACUUUUGGCUAUCUUGGUUUUUGGGCCUCUAGUAAAGUGUUGAAUUUAUAUUAGUAGGGGAUGAAGUAGACUGAUUUUAAUAGCAAUGGCUACCACUUGUGGUUGCCAAAUUCCACCACUACGUGUCAUGACAUGAAACUAAAUUUCUCACUGAAAUCAGGAUCAAUCCCCAUUGAACCGGACACAAUUUGGUGAUUUUUUGGCCUCACCUUUCACCGCCAUAUAUUCACUGCCUCAUCCUCGGUUAUGUUGUGUGUUUUCGUGCAUAAAUAGCAACCAGCAGAAAUUCCUACGAGGUACGCAAAACAUGAUUCAUGCAAUAAGAUCACUCAGAACCCAAUCGCCCUCAAACUUGGUCCAAAAAGCUUCCGGGGUCCGAUUUAGGCAGAACGCAACUAUUUCUACUGAUCCAGAUACUAAACAUAACAUGGACAAGACACAAAACCCUAACCAGCAGAAAACUGGAGAUGCGAUGUCUCAUUCAUUUGGGGAAGGGUAUGCGACUAGGUCCGAUGAGGAAGGAUUUGGAGGGGUAUUUUCAGGAAACCAGUCUCUACCGAAGACACAGCAGGAUCAGCUGAUCCAUGAAAACCACCCUGCGUAUGACAAGACGCAGGGAAGCGAAGUGAAGGAGAAGGAGAAAGGACGACACCAAACCCAGGCCAAUGCAUCAACAAACUAAUGAAGGUGCCCGCGAGCGGAUUGAUCUGUGUGGAUUCGGUGGCCUUUCUAUAUAAUUCCUUUUCAUUUUGCAAAUUAUUUUUAAUUUAAUUUGUUGGUUAUAUGUUAAUACUUGGAAAGGCUUUAAAGUUCGUAAUAAUUUCAUUCAUUUAUCGAAAUUAUCGUUGGAUUAAAGUUUUCUUUUAAUUGAUCAUUUGCUUCAAUCUGCAUUUGGAUUUUGUAAUAAUUUGCACGUAGAGUUCAUGGUUCCUAAAUUUAAAAAAAGAAAAGAAAUUACUAUUAAAAAAGGAGGCCAGUAUAAUUCGAAGGCAAAAUCCAAACGGAACACAAGCUCAAGACCACCACUA